GGCGACGGUAAUUCUUUGAACGGUGCAUCUUUGAACUGUUUUGCAUUUUAUAGCGUUGUUAACUCAUGGCAUCAUGCACCAGGCCUAACGUGAAUAUAUGUCCCGUAUGCGGCUUAGACAAAAGAGAAGGGAGCAAGUUAGAGUAAGAAGAGGAGGAAAAGCGUACGCAACCGGGAAACCAGUAAUCAGCUGUGAUGUCUGUGGAUCCUGUUUUACCCGUAACAGUGCAUACAACGUCCAUCUACGUAGGAAACAUCCUGAAAAAUCAAAAUUGCGGACCAUAUCAUGUCCGCUUUGCGAUGCAGAAAUGUCAAAUCAUCAGGAGCUGAUAAAACACGCACACAUGAGCCAUGCUACAAAAGAAGACGACUACACAGUCAAAAGUGUGACGUUCAAGAAUCCUCAAAAAUACAAGGAGUGGAAAGAAAGGACAGAAAAAGCUUACAUGAUCAAGCAUUUCGUAUCCUCUGUUACCAUCUCCAACAGUGUUAGAACAACUCGGUUACGAUGCAGUCGUGCACUUCGCUCUUUGAACAACGUACCGAAGAAAACUAGGAAGACUGUCGCUUAUUGUACAGCGUACAUGAAGGUAGUCGAGGAUGGAGGGAAUAUCAAUGUAGAAUACUGUUCAACACAUUGCUGUCACGAUAUCAGUCCAGCAAAGUCAAUUCAAGAGCAGUUUCGUCCGCACGAGAGUCAG